CUACCCGUGGCUUUACGGCCGUAAUCUUAAUGGUCUGAAUGGGUGUUGCCAUCUGUUACUCUUCAGCUGACUUGUCGCACAACUUCGGGGCUCUUCGUGUGCCAAAGGCCGCGCCGCGAAGUCUUUAGGAAAACCCUGUCUGGGUCUGGCACCUCCUGCUUCCUGCUCAAACAGUGGAGAUGACUUGAAAACACCAGGACUUACCGUUCAGGAUGCUCCAAAUCAUUACAGGGUGUGGAUGGAGGUCAUACUCUAGUAAACCUGCUCAAAACUUACAUAUAGGCAAAUCUGGAGCUGGCUUUAGCUUUGAACUUACUGAUGAACAGAAAGAGUUUCAAGCUACUGCUCAUAAAUUUGCUGUGGAGGAAAUUAUUCCUGUUGCUGCAAAAUAUGACAAAACUGGAGAGUAUCCUCUUCCACUUAUAAAACGGGCUUGGGAACUUGGUCUUAUGAAUUCACACAUACCAGAAAGCUGUGGUGGUCUUGGUCUUGGCAGUUUUGAAGCAUGCCUUAUUACGGAAGAGUUAGCUUAUGGAUGUACAGGGGUUCAAACUGCCAUUGAAGCAAAUUCCUUAGGGCAAAUGCCAGUAAUCAUUGCAGGAAAUGAGCAUCAGCAGAAAAAAUAUUUAGGAAGAAUGACAGAGGAGCCAAUGAUGUGUGCUUACUGUGUAACAGAGCCUGGAGCAGGCUCUGAUGUGGCUGGUAUAAAAACAAAGGCUGAGAAGAAAGGAGAUGAAUAUGUUAUUAAUGGUCAGAAGAUGUGGAUCACAAAUGGUGGCAAAGCAAACUGGUAUUUUUUGCUAGCUCGUACUAAUCCAGAUCCAAAAGCUCCUGCAAGCAAAGCCUUUACUGGAUUCAUUGUGGAAGCAGAUAGCCCUGGAAUCCAAAUUGGAAGAAAGGAAAUGAAUAUGGGUCAACGCUGCUCAGAUACAAGAGGUAUUGUCUUCGAAGAUGUGAGAGUCCCAAAAGAAAACAUAUUAAUAGCUGAGGGAGCUGGCUUUAAAAUCGCAAUGGGAGCUUUUGAUAAGACCAGACCACCCGUAGCAGCUGGUGCUGUUGGAUUAGCAAAAAGAGCACUUGAUGAAGCUACUAGAUACGCUUUGGAGAGAAAAACCUUUGGGAAAGCAAUUGUUGAACACCAAGCAGUGUCUUUCCUGCUUGCUGAAAUGGCAAUGAAAGUGGAACUUGCUAGGAUGGCUUACCAGAGAGCUGCAUGGGAAAUUGAUGCUGGUCGAAGGAAUACCUACUACGCUUCCAUUGCAAAGGCAUUUGCUGGUGACAUUGCAAACCAAGUAGCUACAGAUGCAGUACAGAUUUUUGGAGGAAAUGGAUUUAAUACUGAAUAUCCUGUAGAAAAACUAAUGAGAGAUGCUAAAAUCUACCAGAUUUAUGAGGGAACUGCUCAAAUUCAAAGGCUGAUCAUAGCUCGUGAACAUGUUAGCAAAUUUAAGGCUUAAAGAAAUGCAUGAAGUGUGUCUGGCACUGCCGUAGUGUUCUGUCUUCUCAUGGAAGAAGAUUUUAGUGCGUUUCUCAACAGAAUUAAAAAGGCAUGGAGAAAAAAACCCCCAACUUUCUUUCAAAGUCUUUUUAUUCUGUACAUUAUUAAGUACUACUUCUGUUCUCCCUGUCCAGUCCCUCACUUCAUUCCUAACUAACAGAGCAGGUAUUUUCUAAACAUUCUGAAUUCCAUGCAACGUUUUCUCACUAUAAAAUUAGAUUAUCACAAUGUUACUUUUGAUAGUCAUUGCUGCAUUCUAAUAAAAAUUUUUUAAGAGAA